AAAGGAGUUAAUGUAGUACUAGUACACUUGGUUUCUCACCUAUUUCUAUGCUUCUUCACUUCAGUUUCUUCUCAGUUGAAAAACAAAGGAAAAAAAAAAAAAAAACUAAAACUACUGUAGUUCAAAAUGGAACAUCCGUUCUUCAUGAACGGCGCUGGAAACACAUCGAGAGCAGAAGCGAUACGAUGGCUAUCAAUAGCGGAGAAGCUAUUGACGAACCGUGAUCUUGUUGGAAGCAAAUCAUUUGCAAUCCGAGCACAUGAAUCCGACCCGACCCUUUUACCCGCAGACCAAAUUCUUGCUAUUGUUGAUACGUUAAUCGCUGGGGACAAACGGAUCAACAAUCAGCAUCUAGAUUAUUACUCCAUUCUCCAAAUCCCUUCGAAUCAAACCCAUGAUUCUGAACUUAUAGCUAAUCAGUAUCGUCGUCUUGCUCUACUGUUGAACCCUCAGAAAAACAAUUUUCCUUUUGCUGAUCAUGCUUUUCAACUUGUUGUUGAUGCUUGGGCUGUACUUUCAAAUGCUUUUAGGAGAAGUGUUUAUGAUAAAGAAAUUGGGUUUUUUCUUAACCUUAAUCCUGUCUCUUCUCCUCCUACUCCUCCGCCUCCGCCUGCUGCUCCUAAUAACGCUUCCAUUGGUUUCAUGCAACAUUCUAUGAUUUUUCAGAGUCAACAACAGUCGCAUCCGGUGAGUUCUGUGCCGAGCUCAAGCCGAGAGAGGCAAACAGUAACAUUUCUUCAAGACCCACAACAGCAGCCAAUGACUUCUCCGCAGCAGCCGGUGGGUUUUCUGGGCAGAAUUCAAACGCAGCCAGUAAGCUCUACUAUGCUAAGUCCGGGUAGGGAGCAAAACCCGUUCACUUUUGGGUUAAGUUCCACAAGAGGACAACAGCAAGUGGCUUUUGCGGAGUCUACGAGGGGCCAACAACAAGCAGCUUUUGUGGAGUCGGUGAGAGGGCCACAGCAGGUAGCUUUUGCGGAGUCCACAAGAGCGCAGCAUCGGGUAGCUUCCAUGGAGUCGAGAAGAGAGAAACAAGAAGUAGCUCCUGUACAUCAGCAAGGUAAUAAGCAGGCACCACAAAGAACUGAGGGGUUCGUGGGGAACAAUCAAAAUUAUUCUGCUAGUAUUGGUAGAAAUGUGAACAAUGAGGGUUUGUUUGGGAGUCAACAAAAUCACUCUGCUAGUAUUAGUAAAAAUGUGAACAAUGAGGGUUUAUUUGGGAACAAUCAAAAUCAGUCUGCUACUAUUAGUAAGAAUGUGAACAGUGAGGGUUUAUUUGGGAACAAUCAAAAUCAGUCUGCUACUGUUAGUAAAAAUGUGAACAAUGAGGGUUUGUUUGGGAACCAUCAAAAUCAGUCUGCUAGUAUCAAUAGAAAUGUGAAUAAUCAGGGUUUGUUUGGGAACAAUCAAAAUCAUUCUGCUAAUACUAGUCACAGCAAUGUGAACAAUGCGGGUUUGUUUGGGAACUAUCAAAAACAUUCUGUUAGUACUAGUAUCAACAAUGUGAACAAUGUCGGGAAGGGUGCAGAUGCGUCGAGUCAUGCUGUUCCUAGUUUCUGGACUGCAUGUCCUUAUUGCUAUGUGAUGUAUGAGUAUCCUUUAGUGUAUGUGGAUUGUACUUUGAGGUGUCAAAAGUGCAAGAGGGCAUUUCAGGCUGUACAGAUUGCCUCGCCUCCGCCAACUAUAGAUGGACAAGAUGCUUACAUCUGUUGUUGGGGACAUAUGCCUCUAGGAUUUAACAUGGAUGUUUUUAAGAAAUACAAAGGAAAUAUUUCGAGCUGGACUCCAUUUGCACCCAUGUUCAAUAAACAGGGUGUAAGUAAGUCACCUGCUCCGAGGACUUAUAUUGAUGAUUAUGAGGAUGUGUUUCUUGGAUUAUCAGAGUCGAGUGAGGAGUCAGAUGAGGAUUGGAAGGGUGAUAAUAAGGUGAAGAAGGCAAAGAGUGGGAAACGAAAGAGUAAGAGGCUUAGGAAAAAAAAAGCCAAGAUACCGAAAACUGACAAGGGAAAGAAAGUUGUAGGGAAUGCUGGUGACAAUAUGCAAGAUGUUUCAGUGACUCAAGGGGGUGUAGAAAUGCCCAAUGUUACAACAGCUCAGUCAAGCAAGAGAGGUAUUGGUGGUAACACAAGAAGGGCUGGGAGGGUUGCAAAAGAUGUUGGGAAAUUGGAUUUGAAUGUGGAGUUCAGUAAUGAGGUUGAAGAGCCUCUUGCACCUGGGAUGGGCCAAGGCAAUGGAGCUGGAACUGGGGAGGAUGGGAACAUUGAAGGGAUUGAGUUCUUUGAAGGUCUUGAUGAAUUCCUGAGCAGUCUUCCUAUACUCAAUGCUGUGGGUGAUGAUAAGGUUAAGGCUGCGUAGCGAAGUAAGGCACUUCUUUUGUUCUAGUUGUAGAUUCCUUUUGUCUUUUGUAUGUUUUAGUAAGGGAUGAAAAGCUACUCAGGCAUUCGCUUUGAUGGUUUCAUUGUAAUGCUAAUGUAUUGUUAGUUUGAAUUGAAAGUAGCUGCAAUAAUCAGCUUUUUGCUCCAA